UGGACGCGGGAGGGGCGGGGCCAUGAGGACGCCCCGCCUCUGGCCCCGCCCCGCCGGAUGGUUUGAUUAAUGACCCUCCCUGGGCCGAGGGGCGGCUCCGGCAGGACGCUGUCCCCAGCACAGGUUCUCCGGUGCCCGCGGACGUCUGCGGGUCCUGCUGCGGUGAACCCACACCGGGCUCUCCCCGCACGCACGCCUCGCCUCAGAGGCGCCCAAAUAGAAGACGCGGCCGGCCCGGGCUGGAAGCGCCUGUAGCCUUCGGCUGGACGAGGAUGGAGUGACCCGCGCCACCCUGGCCUCGCAGACCCGGCUCGAAGCUCCUCGCCUGCUCCCGCAGCGGAGCCGAUCCCCGCACGGCCACUUCAGGAAAGGGCGCGCGGCGCGGGAAGCCUCCAUGGACCGCAGCGGCCCCGCAGGCAGCCCCCUGAACGACGAACCCACGCCCCCGACAGCCGCCACCCGAGACUCCAGUCCCAGGCGGACCGGGUCAGGCCCGGCGGGACCGGGAGGCGGCGGCGCACGCUCCGGGGGCGGGCGGCCGGCGGCAGCUAACGCUGCUCGGGAGCGCAGCCGUGUGCAGACUCUGCGACACGCUUUCCUGGAGCUGCAGCGCACGCUGCCAUCCGUGCCACCCGACACCAAGCUGUCCAAGCUGGACGUGCUGCUGCUGGCCACCACCUACAUCGCACACCUCACCCGCAGCUUGCAGGACGACGCCGAUGCGCCGGCGGACCCAGGGUUGGGCGCCCUACGGGGCGAUGGCUACCUGCAUCCUGUCAAGAAAUGGCCUAUGCGAUCAAGAUUGUACAUCGGUGCUACUGGUCAGUUUCUGAAGCAUUCUGUCUCUGGAGAGAAAACAAAUCACGACAGUUUUCCAACAGACUCACAGCCUUAGGCUCUCCCCUGGUGGGGGCUGGUAGAAAGUGAUGCCUGUUGUUUCUAAAUGAUGUGAAAUAGCUCUAUAUUUAUUACAUCAGACAUAACAAACAUCAUUUCUGAAAGUUUACAUAUGAAUCCAUAGUUGGGUGUUCAGAUUUAUCUGUCUAAUCUAAGUAAAUAUGGAAUGAAAUAAUCAGUCUAGUGCAAAAUACACAGCUUAUCUAUUCAGUAUGAGAGAAUUACUACUAUACAGUGCAGAAGGAACUACUGGAAGAAAGAAAAAGACAUAGAAAAGCAAAUAAUUGUGUUUCUAUCCAAAGAAUGCACACAUUUUCUGUAGCGUAUCUAUUUAACAAACUAAAAAACUAGUGUCUGUCUACACAAUCUUCCUGGUUUAAAAAAAUAAAAUCUGUGUUUGUAAUUCACCAAUAUUUCGUUCUGGAAAACCAGCUGGAAGGUAGGAAAUCAUUCAUUCAGUUUUAGCUGAAUAUGUGUGAAAAGACUGUUGAGGUAGUAUGACAAUGUAGCAACUUCUAUAACUCGUUAUUUUUCCCCGUUAGCAAACUUGUUUGGAGUAUUAGAAAUGAUUUGUUUCGUAGGACAGGACUUGGCCUCCUUCCUAGAGGAUUAUUAAAUAUCUUUAUGUUUCCAAGCUGUGGAAGGCAAUGGGAAUCCCUGCAGCUCCGAGUGAACAGGAGAUGGGUAUCACUGGGCAGCAGGGUGUGUCACCCUCCUCCCUGGUAACUCCAUAUCCACCCCACUCUUUCAGGUCCUGAACUAGGUGAACAGGUGCAGCUGCAGCUUCCUAGACAGCUGCAUAUUCAGGCCUGUCAGGGGGCCUCCAGGGAACCCCCGUGACCUUCACAGGCACAACUUUGGCCAGCUUCCUUCUCUCCUUGUCAGUUGCUGUCACAAUCUACCUACUUGGCCAUUAUGAAAUGGGAGAAAUCCGGUCAGAUUUGGGACUUCUGAUGCAUCAGGCCAGAGCAGACUCCUGAGUCUGCUCUGAUUUGGACCCACAAGCGGGAAGGCCCUCUGCUAUGGGCCUCUCCCACUACCCUGCACAUGAAGUGCCCAGGGAACAACUAUUCUGCCUGAUUGCACCAGAGGCUUCAGUUUCAAAAGGAGCUUGGGGGGUCCUAGCUAUGAAAUGGAGCACACUGUCAGGGAAUUGUCAGGGAGCACACUGAUCUCAAAACUACAGGGUGCAAUAGAGGCACCUGAAAAAAAUCAUCCGUCUCUUGUCAUAUCUUUGCUAAUUUAGAUUCCCUUUUGUCUCCUUUUCUUGUUUUUCUCCUCAGUCUUUACUAUUCCAGUGUGCAAGUGUAAAGUUCGUUCAUUUCCCAAUAACCCGAAGUUUUAAAGCUGCUGAGUUUGAUCCAAGAUUAGCAAACAGAAAGGUGUUAUGAAUGGACUUGGUUGAAUUAAUAUAGCAGCUGAACCACCAUUUCACUUUAUCCUCCAUUUAAUUCCA